AUGCCGAAGCCGGAUGCGAAGAACAUCCGAAGGACGGUGACUCUGUCCGUGAAGAGCAUGGCAUCCAUCGCUGGAGAGGCAGAGGAGCCGGACGCCAGGAGGUUCCUGCUUGGGACGGCGAAGCGGAGUUUGGACGAGGCUUUCGGAGCGACGGACAAGCCGGCCGAGAAGGACAAGAAGAAAAAAAAGAACGACAAGAAGAAGGACAAAAGCAAGAAGAAGAGAAAAGGCAAGAAGUCGAGCUAUGGCUUCUAUCCGAUACAGCUCCGAGGCAGCUCCAGCGACUCCUCGUCUGACGAGGAGAGCGAGUCGGAGCCAGACCAGGAGGACUUCACAGAUGCCGCCGCGACCUUCGGUUUGGGCAAGCGGGACAUGGCGAGGGCUAUGGAUGCGACGACCCUGAUCGACCUUGAUGCUCGGCCCACAGCCCUGGUUUUGGCCAACGUCACCCCGUUGGUCAUUGCCAACGACAUUUUCGAGAUGGGCGGUGAGUUGAAUUCCGUGUUGGCCAAGAAGAACCGGGCAAAGAAAGAGCAGGAGGAUGCAACUUUCCAGGUGCUCGUCACCGGCCGCCCGGCUUCGUCGAUCCGGCUAUGUGCUGCCAAGUCCCUCGGGGAUUGCUCUGCCGUGCUCCGCGGCCUCUACAAGAGGAAGUAUCCUGGUGGCAAGGAUGCCUGGAACAAGGCACUGGAUGGGAUGCUGAAGGACGCACGCGAGGUGCUCCUGCUCGCAGCUUCGGAUGACCUGAAGAAGCAGAUGCAGCAGGGCGAGAAGCCCAAGAAGCCCGAGAAGAACCCAAAGGUGGCUCCGACCAGCAAGGGCUCCAGGGUGAACAGGAAAGACGAGCCAGACCCGGAGCUGUCUGAGAAUGAGAAGGAGGAGUCGAUCCCCAGCCCCUCCGGUGCACCGUAUGUCGGGUCUCCGUCGGAGCAGGAGGAAGAGGACGACGACAAUGAUGUGUUCUCCGGCGGCUUUGCUGUGGCCACCGAGAAGGCAACCGGCCUGGACGCCCUGCUGGAGAAAGUGACUCCGAAGAUCAAAUCUGUUGUGGAGAUGUUUGACAAGGCCGUGCUGGAGACUCUGCCAGCAGACCUCUCGGAGCUGUCUUCGUGUCCUGGUUGCACUCUGGCUGAUUUCAGCUAUUGGAUGCUUUGCCUCGAGAAGGAGGCCUUGACUGAGAUGGAUCACUUCAAGCUGGGUGCCCUUUCUACGAAUCUGGGGCCUGGCAAGGGCUUCUUCAUGAAGAUGUCUCUGAGGGCCCGAAAGGUCUUUGAUGAAUGGGCUGCCAAGAUCCCUGGUGUGGUAGCUGCACGCAGGCUGCACUAG